CGCGUCUCGCGGCUGCAGCACCGGGAAAGGCGUCCUCGAGGCGGUGGCGGAGCGGGUGGCCGACCAAGGCGGCUGAGGCGGCGGCGGUGACUGCAGGGAGCCGAGGAGGAGCGCAGCCAAGUGCAUUUGUCUAGGAAGCCUGCGAGACUUCUCUCAGCAUUAGAGAUAAGCCAGCGCCCAGCUGUCACAGGUUUGCUGGGAUGGGAAACCUGCUCAAAGUCCUGACCAGGGAAAUUGAAAACUAUCCACACUUUUUCCUGGAUUUUGAGAAUGCCCAGCCCACGGAGGGGGAGAGGGAGACGUGGAACCAGAUCAGCGCCGUGCUCCAGGAUUCCGAGAGCAUCCUCACCGACCUGCAGGCCUACAAGGGCGCUGGGCCGGAGAUCAGAGACGUGUGCGAUUCAAAACCCCAAUGACAUUCAGCUUCAAGAAAAGGCUUGGAAUGCGGUGUGUCCCCUGGUUGUGAGGCUGAAGAGGUUCUACGAGUUCUCCAUCCGGCUCGAGACGGCCCUGCAGAGCCUACUGGAGUCCCUGACUUGUCCCCCCUACACGCCGACCCAGCACCUGGAGCGUGAGCAGGCCCUGGCCAAGGAGUUUGCAGAAAUCUUGCAUUUUACACUUCGAUUUGAUGAGCUGAAGAUGAGGAACCCAGCCAUUCAGAAUGACUUCAGCUACUACCGAAGAACAAUAAGUCGCAAUCGUAUCAACAACAUGCAUCUAGACAUUGAGAAUGAAGUAAAUAAUGAGAUGGCCAAUCGAAUGUCCCUCUUCUACGCAGAAGCCACGCCUAUGCUGAAAACCCUAAGCAAUGCCACCAUGCAUUUUGUCUCCGAAAACAAAACCCUGCCAAUAGAAAACACCACAGACUGCCUCAGCACAAUGACCAGCGUCUGCAAAGUCAUGCUGGAAACUCCGGAGUACAGGAGCAGGUUCACGAGUGAAGAGACGCUCAUGUUCUGCAUGAGGGUGAUGGUGGGGGUCAUCAUCCUCUACGACCACGUGCACCCCGUGGGAGCCUUCUGCAAGACAUCCAAGAUUGAUAUGAAAGGCUGCAUAAAGGUCCUGAAGGAACAGGCCCCAGACAGCGUGGAGGGACUGCUGAAUGCCCUCAGGUUCACUACAAAGCACUUGAAUGAUGAGUCAACUUCCAAACAGAUUCGAGCAAUGCUGCAGUAGGAGCCCUGCUCUGAGAAGAGGAUCUGUGUGCUGACCUCAGAAGAUGUAUAUGUUUACAUAAUUUAAUACAGAUUGAUGUUAAUACUUGUGUAUUUACACAACGGUUUCCUUCUCGUCCCUGAAAUAUAUGAACCUUAAUUUGUACCCUGACUGACUCAGCCCAGCAGAGUAUAAAUCCACUUGAGAGCCUUACCUUCGAUGUCUGAAACAAAACCCCGUCUCUCAAGGCCAGGUUUGGAGACUGAUCUUGUCCUGGAGCCCUUCAACGACACCUGUAACAAUCAGAAAUUCCUAAUAGUUAGUGGUAGCCUUUUAAUUCUAGAUUUAUUAUCUCUCCAGGAGCAUAGUUCAUAGAAACACAAAGUGUUUGAUUUCCUGCAUCUGUCAGCUCAGCUACAAGAAACGCAACACUGGGAGGAAGGAAGGCAAGGAAUGAGAAAUGCAUGUGGAGGAUCCAAGUUGUGCAUGAGCCUCUGUCCUCGCACGCCUUUCCAUUUGUGCAUGUUGUAUUAAUCAGUAUCUCUCCUCCUGUCCAGGUGUCUUCUGUCCCUCUGAGGUCCCCCUUUACUUCUACAUGAGGAAAAGCGCCUGUGUUUUAGUGAAAGAGCAGUGGGGAUGGAUGGGUUCUUGGAGCUGGACUGAGGACAGUGAUUGUUGAGAGAGAGUGAGAAAUGGAGCUUGGCUUGGAGACCCAAAGUCAGCAUGCUGACCUCCCAGCAGCUACCAAGUGCUGGGCACCUGGCCCCUCCUGUCAGCAUGCCCUGACCUCUUUGGGGACAAAGGUCAAGGGUACUUCAUUAGUUAUCGGGAAAGUGGAUACUUAGAGGGACAACACCCACAUCUCCUGGUUCCCUGUUGUGAAAAGGCAGCUGUGCCCUGCCUCACCCUGCUGCUGGCAUAGUGUGAAAGCUUCAAUCUGAGUAUCUGGGGUUAGUCCCUGCCCUACUAAUGAUUCACAGUGUGAUCUUGAGAAAUUUACUUGGCUCUCCACACUGCGCCUUCUUCAUCUAUAAAAUGGGCCAUUAAAACAGAUAAUCUCCAAAAGCCCUAUAAGAGUGGGAGCCAAUAAAGUGGCUGACUCUACCCUUCUGCCUUCGUGAGUAGUUUCCAGUAAGCAUUGCCCACCUGCCUUGAUGAUGGUCGCUCCUGCAGGGCCUGCAGCUUUUCUGUGUGUCGACCAAGUUUGGUUAGAAUACGACCUUGGAGACUUGUUCUGUCCACCAAGGGGAGAAAGAGGCCCAGAGGAUGUGGUUACACAGGAUGGCUACGUGGUGGGACCAGAGCCUAAGAUGCUUCCCUCCUAAAUCUGAGGGCUUCCUUCUUCAUUAUGUGGCCUGAGAGUACAACUAUGGGAUGUGGCUGGACCCUUGUAGGGAAACUCUAAGACUGGCCUGAGUGGCCGCUUGCUAAUUUCUGCUGGAAAGAAAGAGGUGUGUGAUCAUCGGGAAUGGGGAUCCUGGAGAUGGGGCCUGGGCACUGCAGGCUUGGCGUCCUCUGCAACGGUCCAAGGAGUGAGCGGAAAGAUUGUCACCUGCCAUUCCCUGGAGUUCUCCAGGAAAAGGGGAUAAAUACUUUUGUUUGGUUUUGUUUCUACUAAGAAAUGCAGUGAAAUGACAAGAAAGAGUCCCUGGUCUAGAUGUGAAUAUCACUCAUAUAACAGGGAGAGGAAAGGGCUUUUCCUUGGAGGUUGAAAGCUGAACGAAUAUAGCUGCUUAGACAGAGGUUCGCUCAUCAGAACAGAAAAAUACCAGAGCUGCCAAGACCUUUUCAAACCUAUGGAUUCUAAAACCCUGGAGGAAGCCAGAAGAUACAGUAAUGCAGGGUGAGCAAACUCAUUCAGCAGUCAGCUUAAGAGAUGUUCUGAUUGGCAGCCACUUGCUGUGCUUGGCCAACAGCCGUCAAGCCCAGGAGAAUGGAGUGCACGACAUUCGUCAUCUUUGGGUCCAUUUUCUCCACUCUCGGAAGAUGAGAUGAAGGUUUAAAGAGAAGAAAGGACUUGCCGGUCACCACUGGGCUCUUGAACACAGCCUGAGGGACUUUAACCCAAGCCAUGUGUCUAUACCACAGCUGCCUCUCAGGUGGUUCAAUGAGAAAAUGUUAGGGAUUGUCUGUCAAAUGAUGUAUAUAUAAAUAUAUAAAUAGUUGAGCACAUUUAUAAUUUUUAAUUAGACUUUCUAUCAAGUGGGACCAAACAUAUGUGUGGGGCUGCUGGUCUGCUCCCGUUUAGCCAGCUACCUUGUCUCAAAGCUGAGAUUCAGCAGGAUGUGGGUUCAUAAGCCCAGGGUCUCUGUUGGUACCCGUGAUUAUUGGAAAGGCAGGUUGUGUGUCUGUGAUCACUAACAGGGAACAGGCCAUGUGCCUGUUCCAGGACUGCUGUGGGAGACACAGCAUCUUAACAGGCUGCCUGCUAGGCAUCAAGAGUCCUCAGACAACCAGUUUUCAGUGCCGCAUGCACACAUAUCCAAGAGUCGUGGGUGGUUUAGGGGAACGUGCUCGCGACAGUGUCAGUGUCAAUGUUAACUAUAUUUCAUAUUUGAUGUCUCAUAGUUUUCAAAUAAAUAGUGUUUUCCACGACUCAGAUAUUUAUUUCUGGUUAAGUAGCAAGGUGAAAAUUAUGUUUCUCAGAUUCAUAACUACUUCAGUAUUCCAACAAUUCUCAGAAACCUUUCAUGUGCCACUAGGAAUUAAUAGUAAAAAACCAGGUGGAAAUGGGUGCUUGGAAUUGUGCUGACAAAUUAGGGCUGGAAUAUUAACUAACAACCAGAAAGAUCUUGGAUAUUAUCUAGAUGUUAGUUAAUACCAUGCUUCAUCAACAUUUGCUCUUAGUCCUAACCAUUAUGUCAAGACAAUGGUAAACACAAGUGUUUGAUACAUUGUCACAUGUAAAUAAAAAUAAUUUCAUGCUUCCUCAAAAGAAACAUGAAGCCCACUCAGUCUUGGACUCCAGCUGCACUGUGGGGUUCAGAGACUUCCCAUUCAGUUUCUCAUCUUAGACAGCUACAGAUUUUUCUAGAUGUUAAUAAUUAACAUUGGAGUUUUAUCUCCAAGAGCCCAAAACUUUAGAACACAAUCUUCUCCCUACAAA